UAAUUUUUUACAAAUGGCGACGUACGUUGAGGCACGGCGUGUCGUAUAACCCGUCGAGAGGCUGGUCGUCGAGCUGUUUUAUUAGCACGUGUUUUCAAACGAACACCGUCGAAUCCGACGUGGCCGUCCGCAAUAAUGGGAAACGCGAUGGCAGCAUCCGCACCACCUCCUCCAUCACCACCGUCGCCACCGUAUCCCGGCGCGAUGCCGAAUUUAGAGAAGCCGGAAUCGUCGACGAACGUUUACGCGCCUGCCGAAACGCCCGUUCACGACACCAAUCCGGGCACCAUCGAGGAUCUGCACAAAAAGUGCAAAGAUAUAUUUCCUAUGAAUUUCGAAGGAGCAAAAUUAGUAGUAAAUAAAGGUUUGAGCAAUCAUUUUCACAUUUCUCAUACCAUUAAUAUGAGUUCCAGUUUGAUGACAUCUGGAUACAGGUUUGGAGCAACUUAUGUCGGCACCAAACAACUAUCACCUUCAGAAGCGUAUCCCGUAUUGUUGGGGGAUAUUGAUCCAAGUGGAAAUCUUAAUGCCAAUAUUUUUCAUCAGCUGUCUAGGUUGAAAGGGAAAUUGGCAGCGCAAGUUCAGAGAAACAAAUUCACAGCUGUACAAAUGACAGCUGAUUAUCGUGGCGAUGCCUAUACUUGUUCGUUAACAUUAGGCAAUCCUGACAUUCUUAAUUUGUCUGGUGUUAUGGUGUUGCAUUAUCUUCAAAGUGUGACGCCAUCGCUUGCAUUAGGUGGUGAGCUUGCGUAUCAACGUGGGCCUGGUGUACCAGGUGGACAGAUCGCUUUAUUAUCCGCCGCGGGAAGAUAUACAAAUGGCAACUCUACGUUCAGCGGAAGCAUAAGUCCUUCCGCUUAUCACCUCUGUUUCCACCAAAAAGCUAGCGAGCAACUACAAGUAGGUGUAGAAUUAGAAAUCAAUGCGCGAAUACAGGACGCAACGGCAACGAUCGCCUAUCAGCUCGACUUACCUAAAGCAGAUUUAGUGUUUAAAGGUAGCGUAGAUACAAACUGGACAGUAGGAGCUGUUUUAGAGAAGAGGUUACAACCACUGCCGUUCUCAUUCGCGCUCAGUGGCAUGCUGAAUCACAGCAAGCAGCAGUUCACACUGGGUUGCGGCAUGAUUAUCGGUUAGGUGCGAUUAUGCGCGACUCGCGCAUAUAUCCAAAGGAACUUGGGAACUCUGCUUUCUCUGUGCACAGUCGGACUGUCAUGUAAUUUUAAUGUCUCCCACCUGUCACAUCCCUUUUUGACUCGUGUUGAGUGUUAUUUUGAUUAAAAGAAUUUGCCGGUUUAA